AUGAUGAUGUCACAGAUUCUCCUGCUGGGCACCCUGGGGCUCCUUGUUCAGGAUUCAUCAGGAGAAAUCACUGUGACUCAGUCUCCUGGAUCUCAGUCUGUUAGUCCAGGACAGACUGUCUCUAUCAGAUGUAAAGCCAGUUCAGGUGUUGGUAGCUAUCUCGCCUGGUAUCUUCAGAAACCUGGAGAAGCUCCUAAACUCCUGAUUUAUUAUGCCACAACCCUUCAGUCUGGAGUUUCUAGUCGUUUUAGUGGAAGUGGAUCUGGGACUGACUUCACUCUGACCAUCAGUGGAGUCCAGGCUGAAGAUUCAGGAGUUUACUACUGUCAGCAGGGUUACACCCCGUACACACAGCCUCUGGAGUUGAAGGGAACACAGAGACUAAAUACACUAAGUAAUGGGACAGAGGUGAAACUCAUCAGGGCGUGGCAGCAUAAUCACAGUGGAGCGAACACACACAGGGCAGGAAGUCAAGUUGUCAGAAAGGAGAGGAGAGGUGACGCCCCUCCCACCCUGACGGUGCUGCCCCCCUCCAGCGAGGAGCUGCAGCAGGGGAGGGCCACGCUCAUGUGUCUGGCCAACAAGGGCUUCCCCUCAGACUGGAGGCUGGCCUGGAAGGUGGACGGCAGCAGCAGCAGCAGCAGCAGCUGGGAGCAGAGCAGGAGCCCCGGGGUGCUGGAGAAGGACGGCCUCUACAGCUGGAGCAGCACCCUGAGGCUCACUGCAGACCAGUGGAGGAAGCUGGGCUCUGUCACCUGUGAGGCCACCCAGGGCUCCCAGGCUCUGCAGGCCGAGACACUGAGGAGAGACCAGUGUCCCCAGUAACUGACCUGACUCACUGGGACUCCUGCUACUGGUUUCACUCUGCAGCUGCUCUCACUCUGCACUCUGCCUCAUGUCUCUCUCUCUC